AGGGGAGAAAAGUAAAGAAAAAAGCUCUCCGUUGUUACAUCAAAAUCCCUUUUUUAGUUUUUUUAUUUUUUAUUUUCCCCUCUAAUCUGCUUUCGAUUAUCUUCGUUCAGACGCAGAGCUUCCGAUUUCAACAGCAUGAUAACCAACAACCAAUAUUGGAUAAAGAGGGAACUUCUGUUGAUGAACUGCCUUUAGCUAAUCUAAAACGCUGGCAAUGGUGGUUCUUGGUGGCACUCAACAUUUUUUUUCUCAUCGUGGGUCAAGCUGCUGCUGUUUUACUUGGGAGAUUUUACUAUGAUAAAGGUGGAAAUAGUAAAUGGAUGGCAACUGUUGUUCAAACUGCUGCCUUCCCAGUUCUCUUUAUCCCGCUCUUCCUUUUCCGCUCCAGCAAGGAUACUUCGACUUCCACUAACCCGCCUUCCAUUCUAAUUCUUUUGUUGAUCUAUUUUUCACUUGGAUCGCUUAUAGCGCUUGAUAACUGGUUGUAUUCAACUGGGCUCUUAUACCUUUCUGCCUCCACUUACUCACUUGUUUGUGCUAGCCAAUUGGCUUUCAAUUCAGUUUUCUCCUACUUCAUCAACUCUCAAAAGUUCACGAUUUUAAUUUCGAACUCUGUGAUUAUUCUUUCCUUGUCGUCUGCACUUUUAGCUGUCAACGACGAUUCAGAACGACCUGCUGGAGUCUCUAAGUCAAAAUAUUUCGUUGGAUUCAUUUGUUCCCUUGGAGCUUCAGCAUUAUACUCUUUACUCCUCUCUCUUAUUCAGCUUACCUUUCAAAAGGUUUUGAAGAGGGAGACCUUUUCUGUGGUCUUGGAAAUGCAAAUCUAUACAUCCUUGGUUGCCACAAUUGUUUCAGUUGUUGCUCUUUUCAUUAGCGGGGAAUGGAAGAGUUUGCCUCAAGAAAUGGCAGGUUUUGGUACAGGUCGAGUUUCAUAUGUGUUGACUUUAGUGGGGACAGCUGUGGCUUGGCAGACAUGUUCGGUUGGCGUCAUUGGCUUGAUUUUCAUUGUGUCUUCUCUCUUCUCCAAUGCAAUCAGUACUGUUUCCUUAGCUGUUACACCCCUUGCAGCUCUUGUAGUUUUCCAUGACAAGAUGAAUGGUGUGAAGAUCAUUGCUUUGCUUCUCGCGAUAUGGGGUUUUGUGACUUAUUUAUAUCAAAACUAUAUUGAUGAAUCCAAGGCACAAAGGAGGCGAAACAGAACCGAUGAACCCAGGGACGAGCAGUCCCUUUGUUGAUGGACCAUCUGAUGCAGCCAGAAUAUAGCUCAUGAUUUUUUAAUAAUCUUUCAGCACAGAUUUAUCUGAAGUCUCCAUUUUUCUUUUUACAAUAAUCUUAGUAAACAAAUUCCAGAUAGAAGCUGUAGACGAAGUCUUCUCGGUACACAGGUAUGUCAAACCAUUCAUUUGAUUCAAGCUUAUUAUUAGAAAAGACCAUUAAUUUGAUAUAAAACCUUUGUAAUUAAAUAGCUUAUUCUUGAAUUAUUACUCUUCUGUGGCAUUCAUGAUGUCCAAUGAUAUACUUAGUUUCAUGAAAAA